AAUGUCUGAUAUGCUGCGGCAAGUAAGGGAGAAUUAUGAGCUUCACGGCAUCCGUCCUAGCUGGAUAGGCGAGGAGGUUUUUCAAGAGCUUGUAAUAUAUUGGAGGACUCCAGAAUUCCGGGCUAAAUCAGAAACUUUUAAGAAGAUGAGGGCAUCUGAAAAGGGCGGUUGUGUCAACACAGUUGGAAGUAUUAGCACCGCCGAGCAUGCCCGACGAUUGGCUAAGCAGUUGGGGAGAAGACCAUUGAUGCCUGAGCUGAUUUCGAGGACCCGGACAAGGAGAUCGGGAGGUGUUGUCGACGAGCGCACGAGGAUGUAUCUUGAAGAAUAUGAUAGACGACUUGCCAUUUUUCUGGAAAAUAAUCCUCAAUUCAUGCCAGCAGAGGGGGAGCCGCUUAACGCGGAUGUUGAUCACUACAUUUGGUGUGAGGUUAUUAAAGAUAAAGGGCCUAAUGGUUGCUUUUUUGGGGCUGGAAAUUUGGCGUCCAGCUAUAGAUCUGGUGACCGUAAUCUGUUCCAAAGAGUUCAGGAUGGAGAGGGUGGAUCGCGUCAACCAAAUCUGACACAGGAACAAACUGAAUUAGUAAGGCAAUUGGCGAGACGCGAAAGUGAGGCCCAGAUCGAGAUGAUUGUUGAAUGCAGGUUGCAUGUGGAGCCGUCCACCAAAUAUGUUAAAAGAUUCAUCUAUGUGAGCGAUGGUAAUAAAAGUGCAGUAAGGAUUAUAUGA